UCAGUGCUGGGUGCACUCUCUGCUGCAGGUGAAGUUUUUGUUGCAAAAGUCGGGGGUAAAGUCACAUUGAAGUGUGGGGUCAGCAGCUACACACGCUCUCUGCAGUGGUAUCAUGGAAAUGACCUUCUUCAUAGUGUUGAUCAGAGAGGCUUCCCUCGCAAAGGCAGUGGUGAUCUUGCACAGAGGUCAGUCGUGAGACAGACGAAUCUGGAAAUCUACAGUGUGAGAGAAACAGAUGCUGGACAGUUCACAUGUUCGGCAGAUGGGACACGUCAUGAACAUUCACUUUCUGUGUUCUCAGUGUCGGUCUCUGUCACUCCCUCUGCUGAUCUCCUGCUGGGCAGCGAGGCAACGCUCCAGUGUGACGUGAAAGGUGUCAUUGAAGGUUGUGAAGUGAAGUGGAGGAGCCCAAAUGUAGAUUCACCCGAGUGGUCACCAACAGCUCAACUCAAACCUGUAACAAGCUCACAUAAUGGGACCUGGCAGUGUAUCAUCACCUGUGGCAGCAAUCAGCUUAGUGAGCAUCUGACCAUCACAGUCCAAGAGCCGCCUCCUACAACAUCAACAACAACAGCUUCACUGUGCAGCUCGAAGGAUAGCCCAAAGACCACCUUUGCCAUUGUGUGCUCAGUUUUGCUUUCUUACUUCCUGCUGUGAUUAAUAAAUAAUUGUUUUUAUGUCAAA